GGCGGCUGCAACAGCCAUUCCCCGAGUUGUCCGUGCUGGCACAGAGACCGUGUUGCAGCUAGUCCCCACAGAGGUAGACCACCAUGGCUAGUCCACGAACGAGAAGAGUCUUACAAGACCUGAAGCCUCGAGAUUCAAACAAUAAAUGCUUCGAGUGUGGAGCACACAACCCCCAGUGGGUCAGCGUCACCUAUGGCAUUUGGAUCUGCCUGGAAUGCUCUGGAAAGCACCGGGGCCUGGGCGUACAUCUCAGUUUCGUGCGGUCCAUCACGAUGGACAAGUGGAAAGACCUGGAGCUAGAGAAGAUGCGUGUGGGCGGCAACGACAAGGCGCGUCGCUUCCUCGAGGCCCAGCUGGACUGGGACCCCACCGCGCCCCUGGCCCAGCGCUAUGACUCCAAGGCUGCUGCACUCUACAGGGACAAGAUUGCAACAGAGGCCCAGGGCAAGACGUGGUCAGCCGAGACGUCAUCUGGUCGGCACCACGUGACACGCACAUUCCCCAAGAGCAGCUCAGGUCCCGACCUUAAGCAGAGCUUCGGCACGGGGUCGUCGCGCUUCGAUGACUCGGGCAGUCGGCCCGAGGACUGGAGCGGAGGCUACCAGAGCUACAACUUCAACUCGGAGCAGAUAGCCUCGCACAGGGAUGACUUCUUCUCCCGGGUCCAAGCAAAGAAUGCCACACGGCCAGAAGACUUGCCGCCCAGCCAAGGUGGACGCUACAGUGGGUUUGGCAACACAGUUUCAGAGCCACCACGCAGCCAGUCGCAGGAGUUCUUCGACGGUGCCUGGUCGUCCUUCAGCACGGGAUUUGCCACAUUCGCAGCUGGAGCGACAAAGGUAGCAUCGAAGGCAUCGGAAAACGCUGUCAAGAUUGGUAGCAUAGCAGCUCAGAAGGCAGCCGAGCUCUCUGGUGCCGUCAGCGAAAAGGUGAAAGACGGCACGCUCAUCAAUGACCUGCAGAGCCAGGUCACCACCAUUGGCACCAAGGUGGUGGACGUGAGUCGGCGUGGAGUACAAGACCUUUCGACACUGUUUACUCAGAAGGCCACCACGUUGGAGACGGCCGAGGGCGCCCCCAGCGAGAAGUCUUCUCUCCUCUUCGCUUCCUCCUCCUCUCCCUCAUCACGUGACAGGAACCAGAAUCCAGAUUGCAGCGACACUCCGCUACUUCAGCAGCAUGACCGGCCGUUCAGCCCCGAACGAGAAGAGGACGGCUGGAACUGGUCAGCUGGCAACAGUGGUGCUAGUUCUCCUGCAAAGCCUACAAACCACGAGAACAAUGACAACUGGAAUGACUGGGAAGCUGGGGACGCUUGGGAGCCUGUGACGACCGCAUCGUCGCCGUCACAGAAGUCGUCCAAGGCAAAGGCAUCUGCAUCCAAGAGUUUGUCUUCGACAAAACAGGGGGGCUCCAGCAAAAGCUCGUCAGCCAAGUCACCCACGUCAAAGCUCUCGCCAACAAAGUCACUCUCGUCCAAGAAGAAGGCCGGCGAUGAGAAGCUCCUCAUCGAUUUUGGUGAAGAGUCGUCGGGCAAGGGCGGUGGCUCGUCGGCAAACCACGACUGGGAUUCCGGGUGGGACGACGACAACGGCUGGGAACAGCUGGAUUCAUCAUCUGGCUCCAAAGGGUAUCAGCGUAUCAGCACCAAGGCAGAUUGAUGGCGUGAUUGCACUGUGCUAUACGUUGUCGGUGCAAUGCACUGCCGACGAUGGAUGGUGAAAGGGUAUGCGGGUGUGUGCAAGUCGAUGGAAACGAGUGACAACACGAGUCUCGUUGUGCCGGUGGUACUGUGCAGCAAUCCUCUGCUGCAAACAACUGGAGUGUGGUGGGGAGGUAGUGAUGUUGUCGUCUGCCAUUGCUGGGACGUCUGUUCAUGAGGUUCAAGCGUGCAUGGUGGUUCCUCAUUGUGGUUGGUCUCUGCAACACGGUUCCCGCCGAACACAUUCGGCUCUAGUUUGCCUAUGUGGCUGCGCAGCGCAGGGCGUUUGUUGGGCUGUGCAUAGUAAACUUGGAAUUGUGGUGUCUAUCACUUCGUGGCUAGGUUUUCAAGUUUGUGACCGUGUGGCUGCUUGAAUGGGUUGAUUAUGAUUUUUUUUUUUUUUUAUGAGCAACUGCCCAUAUGAAGGUGAGCAUUCAUGCAGUAACAGUACUCAAAGAAGCUGCCACGAUUCCAUGCUUUUUAAAUUGUCUGUUUUUGCUUCUUUUAAAUUCUUGUUGUGAAGCAGCAAGUUACGCUGUAUAUUCUGUGCUGCACUGUUGUUUGUGCUUGUCUUGGCUUGUGGAAGGCCUGCAGCAAGCAUUCGUGUUUCAGCCUAGCCGUAUGACAGCUAAAGCCUACAUACUACUGCUCGUAAUUUAGUUGCUGGAGGACAAAGAUAACUGCAGAUAAUUCUGCGUUGCGAGCAGGUCAGAAUGAGAGCGCAGCAUAUUUUCAGCUCUGGCGUUCUUAAUUUUGUAAUGCAUUUCUGAAAGUCGACAGCAUUUUUCUAGCUUCUAUAACUGCAACCCAAGCUUGCUUUUGCAGUGCUAAGAUCGAUCGUCUCAAAUGUCUUUCAUUUCAUAUGCCUGCUGAUUUACCAGCCUUUUUUUUUUUGUUUCUGGCAUGCUGAUUAAAAAUGGUUGCCCUGUCACUCUGUUGUGUUUCAGCCUCUGCUUUGAACCUGCUAAUCAUCUGCACUGACAUAAUGACAGCUGUUGUCGAUCGCCAUACUACUAAGGGUCCAAGAAUUUUCAUAUAGCACGGCUGCAUUCUAUAUUCCACCAAAAUAAUUAACUUUUUUUUUUUCUGAAAUAGUUGCGGAACAGUAUUUUGAUUUUCUCAUUGGGCUUGUCGGUCUUGUGGACACAGGAAAGCAAUUUUCAGCAUGCAGAAAGGUAGGGCGAUCACGUGGCAUGGUGUAAGGUCAUUCGAAACUUUGUAGAUUGACGUGGAACAAGAACACGCAGCACUGCGCGUCUGUGUUCGUGGAUCUAGUCCAGACAAUGACCUUGCCAAGUGGCAAAUUGUGAUUCUGUGAAAGCACCAUUCAAAUCAGUUACACCUUAUCUUGCUUGCACCUUGAAAACAUCUGGCUUGAUGGAAAGCUAUGUAUGUGUCUUUUACGAGCAGGAGCUGUUAUUGAAGGCAAGUGUGCGGAUAUCAAGUGUUGUGUUGUCUCUAAGGGCACCUUGUAUAUUUGACUCUCCUGGCUAAGGUGGUGGUCCACUGGGACUCUUAUUUUUUGCAGAGGUGGCAUUUUGCAUUGUACUUUUGUGUCAUGUGUAGUGUUUCGAUAUAUCUAGAUAGAUUCAUGGCUGCCUUGUCCAGAAUACAUUAAAGGUACUCAUCUGAAAAGUCCUGGUCAAAAAACUUGCAAGAUUUUCUUAAAAGCAAUGGCGCCGUCUGUUGUAAGGUUGGUGGAAUCAUUCUUUGGAUUCUGCCUUGUAUGUGACGAUUUUGCCUUCGUAGAACAGGGGUCACCACUGUUCCUCCUACCGAGAACUUAGCUGUCCUGGUUUGGCGUCACUGCCAAUGAGAUGCAUUACUGAUCUAUACGAACAACACGUAGGGCAUCCAGGCAGAGUACGGAGCCCACAAUGCCCAAUGUGUCAUUUUGGAUACGCAGAGUUUGGUACCUCAGUAUUCUGAGUUAGCACGGGAAACUUAACGCGAAGCUCACUGUGGCGCCAGGACAAUCACCUCAAAAAAGGGUUAGCUGAGCACACGUCCGGUGCCCCCAGCGGUAAACCUCCUUUUUUUGUUUUAAUUUUUUUUAUGGCUCUCUUGCUUUGCUCGGAUGCAGCCCAACUUGGCCAUGUUCCUUCACCAUGCUCAGGUUGCUCGAGGCAGGUGCUCGGGAGAAUAAAACAUCAGUUCUUUCUUGCUUUCUAUUCUGGACGGUCGUCUAUCUGUCAGCCUAACCCACAGCACGUCCCAUGGGCUAUAGGGCCUUGUUUUGAUCCCUAUAGCCUUUUGAUAAGCCGGUGCUAACUUUUAGUUUCGUAUAGCUCAUGAAACCAAUUACUAAGGUUUAAUAAAUAAUUUUAACACAAAACAACAAUUUUAUUUUGUACAAGUACACUCUCCAUGGCCAGAAAUAAAGGCUAACAAGUUGUUCUACUUUUCGUGAUGUGGAACUGCUUUCAAGCUUUUUGGGGUUACAGGCAAUUUUUCAUUAUCUAAACGAAACAUAUCAUGCAAUGCCACCUCUGUUCAAAGUUGGAGUCUAAAAUCAGUGGGUAGUUUAGACAGAAGAACUGUUUCGGCAGGCUUGCUUCUAGGGACAACACUAAGUAUUCGCAAUGCUGGUGUUACUCUGUUUGCAAUGUCUUAGGUCCCCCCGAGAAAGCAGUACUUGCAGUAUGUGCUGCUUCCAGCAUGGACUGGUGGUGCACCAUUUGUCAAGAAAAAGUUGAUUUUAAGAGUCUGACGGUGAUGUUGCUUCCAUUUUUGAGAGCUUCAAUACACACCUGUAGAGUCACCCUUGCAGACUGCGCCGUUUAUAGUUCUGGCUCACAUUCUCCACUUGAGGUCUUCAUCUUAAACUAUGCGAUUUUGUUUAGCUGAUGAUGAUGAUGAAGUGCUUGCGCUGGUUACAGAUGAGCGAUUGUUGCCAAUUAUAGCACUGUGCGAGUAAUGUAGCCAGACACUUCCAUACUUUCCCAAUUACCUUUUCGUUUUGUGUAGGCACACUUGUCAGCCAGGGAAACUUUAUUGGAUGAAUUCAUUAGACUAGGACCUUUGAAGGAGUUAAUUUUCACGACACCCAGAUCAUUAAUGCAAGAAAUUAGAGCAGCAGACUGCGCAGGUGCUGAAGGAAUAACUGUCAAAACGACUGUGCAAUGAGAAUGAUGUGGUAGUUGAUUCAAGUAAUGAAAUCAAUUGACAGGUCUUGAUUGUGACUGCCACUUUCGAGGUGGUUCUGUACUUGCAGGUGACAAGGUCUGAAUGGCCAAAGAAACUAGUUGGGGAGGAAACGUUAUUUGGCAGAAAAGCUAUCUGCCGAAGUUCCUGCGCUGUUGUGUGGUGAGAUAAGUUGACUGGGAAUGUGUACUCAACCCGCAUUUUAAUGAUCAGAGAGGAGAGGUUUAUUCCCUCUUUUCUUCGAAUAUCAAAGUUGUGGCCCAAACUGCAGCUCACAAGGGCCUUGGCUGCCCGAGCACGUUCGUAACUGUGAUCGUGCCAACUGUAAGGAGGCUUUUGUCUUUUUUUUUUUUUUUUUUUUUUUUGUUCCAUGCGGAUAGCUAGUUGUAAAUGUCUUCACAAUUGCUGCCUUCUCCCAACCUCGUGGCAAAAGAAUGUGUGGCAAUAUCGUCUUUUUUUUACCCACCUUCACUUGUUGGAGAAGGCAUCUUUUAUGUCUUGUCGGAGAUGAUGUGAAACGAUCAGCAGACCACCACAUCUUGCCGGACAUAUCUUAAGAGUCUAGCUUUGGAUGUUAAAACUGAUCGCUGUGAUCAUGGUCUGUAGUGAGAAGCAACCAAUGUCUAGAAGAUCGCGAGUGACUGCUUGUUGUGGCACUUUCUGAAGUACCAGGCCACUGCUUGUCACACCCAGCUCAGAGCAUCGAAUCCGUGUUUGCAAGCACAACUUGUCAUGUUAUAGCCAUUACCAGAAUAAUGCUACAUUUGGGCUUGUCCUUUCGAAUGUGUCGUGAAGUUUUGCAUUAGCUGUUGAUCAGAAACACUUUGCCUUGCAGUGCUUGUAACCAAUACCUUGCAGCAGGCAGCAUUGCUUAUAUUUUCUGCUAGAAUAACUGCAUGAAAAAUUGAGUGCGCUUUUUUUAUCCCACUUGCCAACUUUCCCAAAAGUAUUGGACAAGUUGUGAAGCGGUGCAUUCUUUGUCAAAAGUAUGAAGGCUGCCAUGAUUUGUAUAACUGUUGCUGCCACCAAAACAUGUCGUGACCGUAUGUGUUCAUGAAACUUUUGAGAGCACACAGGGGUCUUUUCCUUUUCUCAACAAAAUAAUUGGAACACAGAUUUCAUCACUGUCUAUAGAAUUUAGAGCUUUGGGUGCUGCCAUAUUGUUCGUCUAAUGCCGAAGGUUUUUGUGCCGUAAGGCUUUGUGUAAAGUCUGUAUUUUAGCAUUCAAGUGUACGUUGCGAUAGGGUAUGGCGGCACACCAAAAGUAUUUAAAACCUGCUGUCUAAGCGCACUGUUAGACAGUGGGGCAGGGACACAGAGGACUCCUCUGGCAUUUGUUGGCAACCACUGGGCUUCCCCGACGCCGAACAGUUUGAAAACUCGUGCCAGAUAACUGAAAUGAGGCAGAGAAGAUAUUGCACAAAAGCAUUGUAGAAGACCCACUCACAUCUGGCAAAGACUACACAUAGGUUGCGCUCGACAAGGCCUUUUUAAAAAAAAAUAUGACCUCACAUUCCUGGCUUUGUUGGCUAUUUAAACCAAAGCUUGCCUUGCCACAUCUUGGUACAGCACUAAAACCAUGUUAAUUUCAGAUGUUCGGUAGCGGUUCGUGGCUUUGUUUUUUUCAAAGAAAGCAGAAGCGAGAGUACCAGUGCAUGUUGCGAAUGCAGCCACUUCUAUGGUGAGAAGAUACCAGUGUUCUUAUUUGUUGUUACUACGCUUUCGUUACCCUUUGGCCUGCAGUGCAACUGUCUGGAAAGAAUGCAAAAUUGAAGCAUUUUGUGCUUGUUGCAAACUGACGAACCAUGCAUCAUGGACUGUCGAAGCUCAUUAUGCCAACUGUGUUUUGUUAGUCCUUUUUCUUCUGCUGUUGGGCCACACCUUGUUUACUUCUUAGUCCUUUGCCCUGGCCGUCGACGUUUCACGAGCUUUGUAAAGAUCAGCGUUGUUGCUGAUUCUGUUGACGCCAUAAUAAAGUGAAAACGAAUCCGUACAUUAUAUAUACACAAAAGGA